UUUUGUAGAAGAUCAAUCGUCACCUUUUUACUCGUAUUUGUGAGAGAACUUUGGCGUGCUCAAAACACAUUCAGAGGUUGGUAUAUAUAGUAAUGGUAAUGCUCGGAUUUCAAGUCACCAAGUCACCUAACUUAAAAUGUACGCAGUCCUUCUUGUUCUGGCUCUCUUGGCAACUGCUCAAUCGGGCCCAGCUCAAACUAUGCCGAGCUCCACUACUAUGACCCCUGUCGCUGGAAACUCUGGAAAUUCAGGAAUGCAGGGAGCAAACACUAUGCCAAUGAAUGCUACCGGAAUGUCAAACUCAAACUCAAUGGGACCAGCGAGAACAUCCAGCUCGACAGUAAUGCCGGGAAAUUGAGGUUUUUAAUUGAUAAAUGUGAUUUUUCCGUGAAAAUGAAUAUAUGAGCAUU